AUGUCAUUCCGUAGCGACGACUCGCGCCGGUACGGCCAUAUACCGCCAGCACAAUAUCCCGUCGGCGCAGCUCCGCAAGCGCCCGCCGGAUAUCCAGCGCGACGGCCGAGCUUCAACAAUGGCGACGACGCCACAUACUUUGACCAACACGGGUCCCAGUCCCAACCGCUGUACACGGGCGCCUCAGGCCGGGCCGAUGAGGAGCUGUUCAUUACCAGUCCACCCCUCGACGCGCACUCGGCCGCGAACCGGGCCAGCUAUGUUCCUCAAAACGCAGCCGCCGCAAGUUAUCAACGGCAAUACCAGGUACAACCACCACCGCCGCCCCCGUCGCAUUCGACCUACAAUCCUCAGUCGUUUGCCCGUUCGCAGUCAGCAUCGCUCCCUUACCACCCUGCGCAAAAUGUAAGGCACACGCCAGCGACAAGCCCGACCUAUGCGACCCCGCCCACAAACUACACGCCCCAGGCGUACAACCCCGCUGCCUACGCAAGUACGAACGCCGUCGUGCCUCAGAGACAUUCGACCGUCGCUGGCUACGCCAACUAUGGCUAUGGCAACUAUAACACCCCUGCCGUGCCUCAUGUAUCUACAGCCUAUGUCCCUCCACCACCAUCCGGCUAUGGCUCACAACCCACCUCGGCAACAACUCCGUCAACCUCGCAGCGGUACGAGCCGGCACUACAUAGCCCUCAGUAUGUGCCAUCAGCCACGUCUCCGGCUGGUGCGCCGCUGUAUGAGCCUACGUACCCCUCGGCCGGAUACACUGCUCAGCAAUAUUCCGGGUCUUCCUAUCCGAGCAACGACGCUACGGCUGGCCAAACAUCUACACCCGCCUAUCCCGUAUCAAGCGCUCAAGUGCCGUAUCCUGCGCAGACUCAGAUGCCCGUUGGGCCGAACUACUCCCCCGACCCGAACUCAUUUACGAACAGGAUUUCUCGCUCGGGGUCCCAGCCGUCGCCGGCCCCGUCUCCUCCAGAUCACUCGCAAUCGUCCUCCCAACUCCAGAGGCACCCGACAAAUGCGCCGCUCCCCAGCCGCCCCCUGGAGGACCUUCCAGAGGGAUCGUCGGACUGGAGGACAAAUGGUGGCGCCGAAUCCGAUUUCCAAGUCGCCCAAGAAAGCUUGAUUCAAGACAUUGUCUCGGAUUUGGGCGUCUCCUCUCAUAACCAACAACCGCAUCAUACCAAUGGAACCACUGACAAUGGUUUGGACACAGCCCAGCGGUACAAUUCCACCUCUUCCCGGGCUACGUCAGAACCUGGCGUAAACCGGUACCCGUCCAAUGGGUCUUCCGCGGUGGACAACACAGGGGCUUCGACCAAUACCACCUACACAUGGGACUCGGAGGAGAGUGACCCCGAGGGUGCGGCUGGGCUGAUGGCGAUGCAAGACGAUAUGGAUGAUAGGCGGUUUGGUGGAAUCACUUUUCCCGCGUACAUGGAGCCACUCGCAACCCCCCAACCACCACAGCAGCAAACACCAUCUCAAUCAGAGCCACCCCAGCAGCAGUCGCCACAUGAUCAGCCUCAGCAGGAACCCCCGUUGGCCUCUCCUCACCCCCCAGAAUUGGGGCAACAGGGUGUCCCAGGAAACAGCGAUUACGGCGGCAUGGACCUCGGUCUGUACGGUGGUGGUUACGCCGGGAACUUGAAUUACGGCAACGAAGUUGGCUCUCCCCCAAGUUCGUCGCAUGCUCAAGAUGCACCUCGCCCCUUGCCCACUCCUCAGGGUCAGGGUGCUGGGCUUCUCCCGUACCCGGAUGUAUCGGUCGACUACGGAGGUACUGGUGGUCUCCUUCCACCACAGCCUCAUCGUCUCAGCUUCGACGAGGGCGAUGAGCGUGUUUCCCUCCACUCGCGGCACAGUGGGAGUGAUUCUCCGUCCAAGGAGGACUACCCGUAUGACCAAAUGUUUUGGCACCCUGGUCUUUCGAAUCGCCCAUUGCCCGCUAUCCCACCUCAGACCCCAGACGAGACCUCGCAUCUCUCCCCCCAACCAUCGGUCCGGUCAAACCACCAAAACAACUACUCUACCAGUGGAGGCUCGGGGCUUCCGUACCCGCCUGACACCCCUGAAAUGUACCAAGGACAAGUCGUCGAUCAGCAGCAUGUUGAGAAGUCAACAUCCCACUCGAGUCAUAGCAACACACCCGCUGUGCAAGCACCAGUCCGGUCGUCGCGAGCCGACACCUCGGAGAGCCGUAGACGGUCACAGCACAUGUCCCAUCCUCAAUCGCAGGCUUAUCAGCAGGGCACGAACGCUCCCUACGAAGGCUACGAGGGAGCAGCGCCGUCUUCGAUGGCCGCGUACGACAUGAUCACAUUGCCUACCGGCAGGAGAAAGAAGUUCGUUCCGUCAAAACUCACGGCUACGGACAUCAAGCGCUGCAGGGAGCCAUGGGCGCUGAGCGGCAUCACGUUCUGGAUCCGCGAGAUGGCAGAGGGUGAACCGGAUCUCAAGCGGAAGACGAUUGAAGAAGGCGUGCUCAAGCUUUUCUGUGCCAAGGUGCCGACCAUGAACGUAGCCGAUGCGGAACUCCUGAGCGCAAAAGUAGUGGAUUCCAUGUUUGCUGCCGGCAUCCUGCUGCCCGACGAAGAAUGGGUCAAGUUUGGUGCCGGACAGCUCUCGGGCGUGCUCUGGCAGCUCACCGGAUCCGGAUGCUAUGCGCCGAAGCUCCACGAGGACGAAGGCAUUGCGCCCCGACUACACGACAAUGGUAUGCCUGUGAGAUGUUACUCGCAAUACUGUGGCAGGACUCUCAAGAAGGUGAACCUCGACAACAUGAUGUCUGAGGAGGAUGUGGUCGUUCUCGACUGGGCAACAUUCCACGGCGUGACCAAGGACGAUAUCAAGUCGAAGCACAAGAAGGAGGUCGAGCGACAGAACGUCCUGCACGAGAUCGUCACUGGCGAGGAGGAUUACAUGGGCCAGCUGGACGUAAUCCGGCUCCUGUACCGCGACUGGCUCCGAGUUUGGCAGCCACCGAUCAUCCCGUCGAACCGGAUGGAGAAGUUCCUCGACGCGGCAUUUGGGAAAGUCGAUGCUGUGCAGCAGAUCAACAAGGAGCAUCUGCUCUCCCAACUCAAGUACCGUCAGCAGGAGCAGGGUCCCUGGAUCGUGGGGUUCAGCGACCUGUUUAGAGAGUGGAUCCGGAAAGCCCGGCCGAUUUACAUCGAAUACUGCUCUGCGUUCCCGUAUGCCUCGUAUAUCAUCAGGCGAGAGGCGACCAAAAACAUGCUGUUUGGCCAGUUCCUCAACGUCGUUCGGGACCACAAGCGCUCCAAGCGUUUGGAGUGGACCACGUUCGUCAAGGCGCCCAUCACCAGGCUACAGCGGUACGGCCUGCUCCUCGAGACGGUGAAGAAGAACAUGCCGGGGGAGAGCGAAGAGAAGACCAACCUCGAGAGGGCGCUAGAUGAAAUCAAGAAGGUGACGCACGAGUGCGAUGAGAAGGUCGCCGAGAUGACGAGAAAGGUUGAACUCUUGGAGCUGCAGACCAUGCUCGUGUUGCGGGGUAAAAACGACAAGGGCGACCGUCCGCCUAUUAACCUCAACCUUGACCACCUGGGACGAGAAUUGCUGAAGCAAGGAGACCUUCAGAGGCAAGGGUCCAAGGGUGUCCGUUGGGUUGACACCCACGCUCUGCUUUUCGACCACUACUUCAUCCUGUCCAAGGCCGGCACUUCCAAGGACGGCAAAAACGAAAAGAAAUACGAUGUGUCCAAAGAGCCGAUUCCUAUGCCACUGCUUUACCUUGAGAGCAUGAAUGACGAUCCCGUUGCUAAGCAGAAGAGUUUGACGGCGCCCUUGACAAGGACGACAGCGGCCACUGGGUCUGGGACGCAACUCAACAAAGUGACGUCCAAUGGCGACCGGCCGGGGCUUGAACAUGCCGCGACGGGUUCCUCGAUCUCGUCUCUCAGCACGGUCACCAGGCUGGCGUCCGCUGGUGCCGAUGACGGGAAGAUUAUCUACCCCUUCAAGGUCAAACAUCUUGGCCACGAGACGUACACACUCUAUGCAGCUUCGGCCCAGGAACGCGCGUCCUGGUGCUCGGCGAUCAUCGAGGCCAAGACGAGGCAUGCCCGGGCACUUCACGCUCAGAACGCCGAGCCGUUCCGUCUCCGUGUCAUUUCCGAUAGCGCGUUCGCAUACGACUCAACGUCGUUGAUGGGACGACAGCCCACUGUGUCGAUCCGGGGCACGCCGCUCGACCGGGGCAUUCGCGAGAUGGAGCAGGUAUUUGGCCCAGGGAGAGGCCCGCCGCCCAUAUCACGGGCGACCGUGAACUGCGCAUGCGCCUUCACCUCGUUUGGCAAGUCGCUCAUCGCCGUGGGAACCGACUACGGCGUCUACAUCUCCGAGGCGUCGAACCCCCGGGGCUGGACCCGGUCGGUGCAAAUCAGCAAAGUCACGCAGAUCGCCGUGCUCGAGGAAUUCUCGGUGUGCCUCCUAGUCGCAGAUCGCUCGCUCAUCUCGUACCCGCUCGACGUGAUCGCGCCGGUGUCGAACUUCCCGUCACCCUCGCACGACAACCCCCGUCGGGCGCCGCAGCGUCUCGCCAAGGACGUGGCCUUCUUCGCUACUGCCCGUAUGAAGGACAGGAUGCUUUUGUUUUACAAGCGAAAGGAGGGCAUGCACAACACCUUCAAGGUCCUCGAGCCCGUGUUCCAAAAGGCGACCGAGAAGCGGUCGCGCCUCUUCGGCGGCCGCCGCAGCGGCAACGGUGCCACCGAGUCAUUCCGCGACUACGACGAGUUCUACAUCCCAACCGACUGCUUCUCCCUCAACCUCUUCCAGUCCUACAUCGCCGUCGCGACCUCCAAGGGUUUUGAGCUCCUGACCCUCGACAAAAAGGUUACCCAGUCCAUCCCGCGCGACCUCAGCCAGCCAGCCAUCAGCAGCAUCGCCUCGCGCAUCAAGGAACCCCACCCGCUCGGCAUGUUCAAGCUUAACGACCAGGAAUUCCUCCUCACCUACGGCGACUGUGCCGUCUAUGUCGACAAACACGGCGAGGUCUCCCGCACCCUCAUCAUGGAGUACUCGGGCAAGCACAAAAAGGCCAAAGCCGCCACCAUGUUUGGCCAGUACCUCCUGCUUUUCACGGACGACUAUGUCGAGGUGCGCAACGCCGAAAACGGACGGCUGCGCCAGAUCAUUGCCGGUCGGGAUGUACGCUGUUUGGAUUACGGGUUCCGCGGACCUACGGGGACCGGGCCGGGCGGUGGUGGUGGUGCCGGGUUGGCUGGUGUGCAGCCGCCUGUGGGGACGGAACAGGACUCGAAGGCGUCGGUUAAGAUUUGUAUGAGCCAUCCGGAGGUGCCGGGGGGGCAGAUCGUGCUGGAGAUGGUCCUUAAUGAUGGGCAUGCGGAGUAG